CGUUCCUUUUCUGACAUUUGUGAAAAGUUACACCUCGUUCCUUUGUGGAAAUUUUAUCUAAAAAUCCUAAAAGGGGUAUGGUCGGCAAACUUUUAAAGUUAAUUAAUUGUGACUUAAAAUAUCUCGUCGUCGUAAAGUUUUUUCGUGCCAAGUGCAACUAAAUUAUCAAGAUUCCGCCGAUAACUCAAAGCCUACCCAGUGGGUGGCGAAUUUUGACAGGACCGGGCGUGUCCGGCGCGUCUUGCGGUGCCGGGCCCCACGCGACCCGCUGCUGGCGUCGUGCACUCAACGUCGACCCGCCCUGGCUCCGACGAGAGCCGGCUCGCUGACGACACACCACGCACUCUUGACACCCGUGGAGUUACGCUUGCGCGCUCUCACACCUCGGCACUGAGUUCACCUGACCCCGACUUCUCCACGCUGACGUCCGCUCUCCACAGCGCAGGAUAGACGACUGACUCGGCUCCGGCGCUCGCCGGGGCUUCGAGCUGUCCAAAGACAUUCAGAGACAACAACUGAACUUAUUGUAGCUGCUUCCUUGCAGUUGCUGAUAAAGGAGCUUGAAUCUUCGCAUUCAAGAUGAAAAUAGUAGAUGAAGAAUGCGUAUACGUGAUGGAGGGAGAGUGGAGCCCUCGCAGCGUGAUCCGCGAGAUCGUCGAUAGCGGGGAUCAGGAGGACCCCUUCUAUGUGAUGGACCUGGGGGUGGUGGUGGACAGGUACCAGCACUGGAAGGAGAUGAUGCCACGGGUUGAACCUUUCUAUGCUGUCAAAUGCAACGACGACAGAAUCUUGGUGCGCACGCUCGCCGCCCUGGGUGCAGGCUUCGACUGCGCCUCCAAGGCUGAGAUCCAGCUGGUCACCAGUAUUGGAGUUAAGCCUGAGCGCAUCAUAUUCGCGAACCCCGCUAAGAUGGCGUCUCACAUCCGUUACGCAGGCGCCGUCGGAGCUAAGCUGAUGACGUUCGACUCGCAGACGGAGCUGCAUAAGAUCAAGAAGUACUGCCCCGACGCACGGUUGGUCGUCCGUAUACGUUGCGACGCGGCCGCAGCGCAAUGUCCGCUGGGCAUCAAGUUCGGGUGUGAACCCCUCAUCGAGGCGCCGCGACUUAUCAAGCUGGCCAACGUGCUGAACUUAAAUGUCGUGGGCGUGUCGUUCCACGGCGGCUCGGGCGCCAACGAGUGCGCGGUGUUCGCGCGCGGCAUCGCGCUCGCCAACAACUUGUUCGAGUUGGCCGAGCGGCUCGGCGCGCCCAUGAGCUUGCUCGACAUCGGCGGCGGCUUCUCGGGACACACCGGCGCCUCGCUGCACGAGGUGUCGAGAGUGAUCAACUCGGCGCUGCAACUGUUUGGCCGAAGCGAGGUGCGCGUCAUCGCGGAGCCGGGCCGCUACUUCGCCGCCGCUGCGUACACGCUCGCUGCGUGCGUGCACUCCACCAGACAGCUGUCGCUGGAGAGCGGCGAGGAGGACCCACGCGAAGCUCACACCAUGUACUUCAUCAACGACGGCGUGUACGGCUCGUUCAACUGCGUGCUGUACGAUCAUCAGCACGUUACGCCCGAACCGCUCGACGUUGCGGAGGAGGGGCAGGUGGCUACGCCGUGCUCCGUGUGGGGACCGUCCUGUGACGGCCUGGACUGCGUGGUGUCGGCUGCUCGUCUGCCGCCCCUGGCCCUGGGCUCGUGGCUCACGUUCUCCGACAUGGGCGCCUACACGCUGCCCGUGGCCUCGCCCUUCAACGGAUUCCCCGUGCCGCGCGUGCGCACCAUCCUGGACCAGUCUCUCUGGACUGUUCUGAGGGGCAUGUGGCCAUUGUCCGAGCUGCGGUUCGUGGUCGGCGAGCGGCCCGCUGCCACCCAGCACCCGCCCCACUCGCCCGCCCCCGCCGGUGACCUGGCCCGUGACCCGGCCCGUGACCCGCCCUGCGCCGUGUACGUGGAGUGCGCGCUCAAGUAGGCGGACGAUACGGCUGCUUACACACGACGCCGGAGUGAGAACGAUACCACAAACUAUCGGCACGAAGCAUGAGCGUAAAUCAUUCGCAUACUUGGACGUAGUUCCUACGUUCCAAGCCACUAACAUUUUAAGGAAUUCGUGUUUAAUGUUUAAUAAAUAUUAAUGUAUUCCAUACAUGUCGGUCGGGCUACUAAGUCAUGCUGUCUUUUAAAGAGAGAGUAGGGCUGCCAUUUUUUGUUAGUCCUUUAAUAUGACCAGUUUUGUGUUCUUAACUCUAUUUCGACAUGAUUGUGGUUUGGAACGUUUGGAAUUACGUCCACUUAAGCAUGUGACCCACCGCCGAUGCGACUCCGGUUUCGUGUACUAUAAGCCUAACAUGGAGCCCCAGUAUGAGUUGUGAAACUACAUACCGCCUGUCAGUUGUCUAAACCUCUUCUGCAAUCUAUAAACGGAUUCCCUAUGCAGUGCCAUUUAUUGGCUAAUCCGAAAAAUGGUUUUGCUUGAUUUACUGCUAUAUUCAUUUUACUGAAAUAAAACUAAAGGUUCUCAGUAAAAUGUUUAAGUAGAGAAAUCAGAAAAAGUUGUCAUACUGAAACGUGCAGGGCAAGCCUGUCAGCCAUUAAGUUGGCAUAGCGACAUCCCAUUAUGCACGGACGCACGCCAAAAAAGAGAAGAUAUUAGUAAGAUAUUUGUAUGGUCAAAUAGUAAAACAUCUGAGUAUAAAACACAGCCAAUCAGGCACUGAAAUGUAGGGGGCUGGGCGUAUCCCAAGCAGAUGAAUGUCUUGCUUGCUCGUCACUUAUUAUAAAAGAAUGGUUAAGACCAAACAGAAGUAAAACCUUCAUCAAAGCGAAGUUAACAAUACGAAUUUAAUAUCCGCGGAAAUAAAGAGAGAGUUUCCACAUAACAACAGGGGUGGUGGUGGAAAUCACAGCCUACCUACCACUCACAACUCGUGCUGGUGUUUCAUAGCGUGUGUUACGAUACCAUUUCUAUUCAUGCCGUUAUAUUGUAUAACUCUUAAAUAUAAUUUUCGUAAUUGGUGUCGGAAUUUCUUAUAUUAGACAAUUUUUUUUCUAAUUCGUGGAUAACACGUGGGUUUGUUGUAGGCUAUCGACACUAUCCGCCAACGGUCGUGGUUUGCAUACAUUUCUUUUGUGAGGUCACGACACUGUCCUAUUGAAACUUUCUUCAAGUAGAACAAACACGUUUCAAGAUUUGCCAUGACCGUUGGCUUAAUAAUAUAAUGAAUUUUACACAAUAGGAAAUGUAUUCAAUGUAAUCGUAGUAAAAUAAUCUUCAGUAUUUUAACAAUUCUUGAUUAAUCGAUGUUAGAUAUUAAAUAGAGACAAUUUUAAAAGACGGUGAUUUUCUAACGGUUUUGUCGGAAAGAAUUCUCUUUCUGAUAAUUGCAGAUAGGGUAUCUAAUGUUCUCGGUGCCGGGUGAACUCUUCACAUAAUGAAUGUCGCACACCGCAACAUGUCACUAGAUAUAAUGUGUUCUGUCUAACACUGAUGCAUUUGUAUUGUUUGUCGUAGAUUGUUUAUCAUAGUGCUUAUUAAUAUAUUCAUUCUGAAAUA